CUGUUUACCAGCUAUUCGACCAUAUUGCCAAUUGUAUCGCGAUGUUCUGCGAGGAACAAUUUGGCAAAGGUGUCCGAAAGAAGCUUCCGCUUGGAUUCACAUUCUCCUUCCCUUGCAAGCAAGAAGGGACUAACAAAAGCCAAACUUAUCCACUGGACCAAGGGAUUCAGCGCCAGCGGUUGCGAAGGUCACGAUGUUGUGCAACUGCUGCGAAAAGCAUGCAAAAAACGUGGAGAUGUCGACAUCGAUGUUGUUGCAUUGCUGAACGACACUGUAGGAACACUCAUGGCAUGUGCAUUCAAAGAAAACAGCUGCCAGAUUGGUGUCAUCGUUGGAACUGGUACAAACGCCUGCUACAUGGAGAGACUGGAAAAUGUCCCCAAGAUGAAAGGCGAAUGGGAGAAUGAUGGCUUCCCUCCUGAAAUCAUUAUCAAUAUGGAAUGGGGAGCGUUCGGUGAUGAUGGAAGUAUAAACUUUGUUGUCACAGAAUACGACAAAUAUGUUGAUUCAACUAGUUUGAAUCCAAGAAAGCAAUUGUUUGAAAAAAUGAUCUCCGGCAUGUAUAUGGGCGAACUGGCACGUGUGGUUAUGGAGAAAAUGGCCAGAGCUGGUGUGAUGUUCAAAGGGGACAGCAGCGCAAUUAGCAAAAGGGAUUGCUUCACCACUAAGCAUGUCUCCGAAGUUGAAAAUGAACUGGAGGAAGGUGGUAAGGGAAAAGGAUUCCCGCGAACUCGUGAAAUACUCAGGGAAAUUGGUGUGAGAAACAUUAGUGACGAAGACUGUCUUCAUGUCGCAUACAUUUGUACUGCAGUCAGCACAAGGGCUGCCUAUCUAACGGCAGCAGCUAUCGCUCAAGUGCUCAAUCACAUCAAGCGUGAUUUCACCGUCACCGUUGGUGUUGACGGAUCUGUGUAUCGUUUCCAUCCUUGUUUCAAGCGAUUACUUGAGCAAAAAAUUAACGCGUUGAUAGAUAGCGGUGUUAAGUAUCAACUGAUGCUGUCGAAAGACGGUAGUGGCAUCGGCGCAGCUGUGGUUGCAGCCGUCGCUACUCGUAUCAAGCGUGAAAGGUCAGAGAAGACUGAUUAA